UCCCGGGGAGGUGGGAGGAGGCGGCGUUUCCGGCCGCCGUCGCUGUCCAGGGAGGCUGAGGCGAGAGGUAGCUGUCCGGGUGGGGAGCCCGCACUACCUUCUUCCUCUUCCUCCUCCUCUGGGUGAGGGGAGCGAAGGUUGGGGGUCCCCGAGCCCAUGGACCAGGAGGAGGCGGAGGCCGCCGAGAGCCGGGGCCCCGCUAUGUGGCCCUGAGCCCCGUGUACUGGUUCUGCCUGUCUGGAGGGCCAUGGAGAAGAGGCUGGGAGUCAAGCCAAAUCCUGCUUCCUGGAUUUUAUCAGGAUAUUAUUGGCAGACAUCUGCGAAGUGGUUGAGAACCCUGUACUUGUUUUAUACUUGCUUUUGCUUCAGCGUUCUGUGGUUGUCAACAGAUGCCAGUGAGAGCAGGUGCCAGCAGGGGAAGACACAAUUUGGAGUUGGCCUGAGAUCUGGGGGAGAAAAUCACCUCUGGCUUCUUGAAGGAACCCCCUCUCUUCAGUCAUGUUGGGCUGCCUGCUGCCAGGACUCUGCCUGCCAUGUCUUUUGGUGGCUAGAAGGGAUGUGCAUUCAGGCAGACUGCAGCAGGCCCCAGAGCUGCCGGGCUUUUAGGACACACUCCUCCAAUUCCAUGCUGAUGUUUUUAAAAAAAUUCCAAACUGCAGAUGAUUUGGGCUUUCUACCUGAAGAUGAUGUACCACAUCUUCUGGGGCUAGGUUGGAACUGGGCAUCUUGGAGGCAGAGCCCACCCAGAGCUGCACUCAGACCUGCUGUAUCUUCCAGUGACCAGCAGAGCUUAAUCAGGAAGCUUCAGAAGAGAGGUAGUCCCAGUGAAGUAGUUACACCUAUAGUGACACAGCAUUCUAAAGUGAAUGACUCCAACGAAUUAGGUGGUCUUACUACCAGUGGGUCUGCAGAGGUCCACAAGGCGAUUACAAUUUCCAGUCCCCUAACCACAGACCUGACUGCAGAGCUGCCUGGUGGGCCAAAGAAUGUAUCAGCGCAACCUGAAAUACCAGAGGGUCUUGCUACUACGCCCAGCACUCAACAAGUAAAAAGUUCUGAGAAAACCCAGAUUGCUGUCCCCCAGCCAGUGGCUCCCUCCUACAGUUAUGGUACCCCUACCCCCCAGGCCUCUUUCCAGAGCACCUCAGCACCAUACCCAGUUAUAAAGGAACUGGUGGUAUCUGCUGGAGACAGUGUCCAGAUAACCCUGCCUAAGAAUGAAGUUCAAUUAAAUGCAUAUGUUCUCCAAGAACCACCUAAAGGAGAAACCUACACCUACGACUGGCAGCUGAUUACUCAUCCUAGAGACUACAGUGGAGAAAUGGAAGGGAAACAUUCCCAGAUCCUCAAACUAUCGAAGCUCACUCCAGGCCUGUAUGAAUUCAAAGUGAUUGUAGAGGGUCAAAAUGCCCAUGGGGAAGGCUAUGUGAACGUGACAGUCAAGCCAGAGCCCCGUAAGAAUCGGCCCCCCAUUGCUAUCGUGUCACCUCAGUUCCAGGAGAUCUCUUUGCCAACCACUUCUACAGUCAUUGAUGGCAGUCAAAGCACUGAUGAUGAUAAAAUCGUUCAGUACCAUUGGGAAGAACUUAAGGGGCCUCUGAGAGAAGAGAAGAUUUCUGAAGAUACAGCCAUAUUAAAACUAAGUAAACUCGUCCCUGGGAACUACACUUUCAGCUUGACUGUAGUAGACUCUGAUGGAGCUACCAACUCUACAACUGCAAACCUGACAGUGAACAAAGCUGUGGAUUACCCCCCUGUGGCCAACGCAGGCCCCAACCAAGUGAUCACCCUGCCCCAAAACUCCAUCACCCUCUUUGGGAACCAGAGCACUGAUGAUCAUGGCAUCACCAGCUAUGAGUGGUCACUCAGUCCAAGCAGCAAAGGGAAAGUGGUGGAGAUGCAGGGUGUUAGAACGCCAACCUUACAGCUCUCUGCGAUGCAGGAAGGAGACUAUACUUACCAACUCACAGUGACUGACACAAUAGGACAGCAGGCCACUGCUCAAGUGACUGUUAUUGUGCAGCCUGAAAACAAUAAGCCUCCUCAGGCAGAUGCAGGCCCAGAUAAAGAGCUGACCCUUCCUGUGGAUAGCACAACCCUGGAUGGCAGCAAGAGCUCAGAUGAUCAGAAAAUUAUCUCAUAUCUCUGGGAAAAAACACAGGGACCUGAUGGGGUGCAGCUCGAGAAUGCUAACAGCAGUAUUGCCACUGUGACUGGGCUGCAAGUGGGGACCUAUGUGUUCACCUUGACUGUCAAAGAUGAGAGGAACCUGCAAAGCCAGAGCUCUGUGAAUGUCAUUGUCAAAGAAGAAAUAAACAAACCACCUAUAGCCAAGAUAACUGGGAAUGUGGUGAUUACCUUACCCACGAGCACAGCAGAGCUGGAUGGCUCUAAGUCCUCAGAUGACAAGGGAAUAGUCAGCUACCUCUGGACUCGAGAUGAGGGGAGCCCAGCAGCAGGGGAGGUGUUAAAUCACUCUGACCAUCACCCUAUCCUUUUUCUUUCGAACCUGGUCGAGGGAACCUACACGUUUCACCUGAAAGUGACCGAUGCAAAGGGUGAGAGUGAUACAGACCGGACCACUGUGGAGGUGAAACCUGAUCCCAGGAAAAACAACCUGGUGGAGAUCAUCUUGGAUAUCAACGUCAGUCAGCUAACUGAGAGGCUGAAGGGGAUGUUCAUCCGCCAGAUUGGGGUCCUCCUGGGGGUGCUGGAUUCCGACAUCAUUGUGCAAAAGAUUCAGCCGUACACGGAGCAGAGCACCAAAAUGGUAUUUUUUGUUCAAAACGAGCCUCCCCACCAGAUCUUCAAAGGCCAUGAGGUGGCAGCGAUGCUCAAGAGUGAGCUGCGGAAGCAAAAGGCAGACUUUUUGAUAUUCAGAGCCCUGGAAAUCAACACUGUCACAUGUCAGCUGAACUGUUCCGACCAUGGCCACUGUGACUCGUUCACCAAACGCUGUAUCUGUGACCCUUUUUGGAUGGAGAAUUUCAUCAAGGUGCAGCUGAGGGAUGGAGACAGCAACUGUGAGUGGAGCGUGUUAUAUGUUAUCAUUGCUACCUUUGUCAUUGUUGUUGCCUUGGGAAUCCUGUCUUGGACUGUGAUCUGUUGUUGUAAGAGGCAAAAAGGAAAACCCAAGAGGAAAAGCAAGUACAAGAUCCUGGAUGCCACGGAUCAGGAAAGCCUGGAGCUGAAGCCAACCUCUCGAACAGGCAUCAAACAGAAAGGCCUGGUGCUAAGUAGCAGCCUGAUGCACUCCGAGUCAGAGCUGGACAGCGACGACGCCAUCUUUACGUGGCCAGACCGAGAGAAGGGCAAACUCCUGCAUGGUCAGAAUGGCUCUGUACCCAACGGGCAGACCCCUCUGAAGGCCAGGAGCCCGCGGGAGGAGAUCCUGUAGCCACCUGGUCUGUCUCCUCAGGGCAGGGCCCAGCACACUGCCCGGCCAGUCCUCCUACCUCCCGAGUCUGCGGGCAGCUGCUGUCCCAGCAUCUGCUGGUCAUUUCGCCCUGACAGCCCCAACCAGAACCCCUGGGACUUGAAUCCAGAGACGUCCUCCAGGAACCCCUGAACGAAGCUGUGAAUGAAGAGGUUUCCUCUUUAAACCUGUCUGGUGGGCCCCCAGAUAUCCUCACCUCAGGGCCUCCUUUUUUUGCGAACUCCUCCCCUCCCCCGAGGGCAGACCCAGCCAGCUCCUGGCCUCUGCAGCUCCCCGGUGGGCGGGGUCACUGUGCCCAGAGUGCUGCAAGGCGAGGCCUGCUGUGCUGCCCGCACACCUGAGUGCAAAACCAAGCACUGGUGGCAUGGUGUUUCCUUCUCUGGGGUAGAGUACGCCCUCUCGCUGGGCAAAGAGGAAGUGGCACCCCUCCCCUCACCACAGAUGAUGAGAUGGUAGCAUAGAAAUGAUAUCUGGUCCCCCUUAACACUGGAGCCCCACUCCCUUCUCCCAUCUGGCCCGAGAUUAGGGAGGAUUGACUGUGUCAGGGAUGGCGGGUGGCCUCUCUCGCUGCCAGGGCCCUUGUCAGAGCAGCCAGGCUGGACAGAUGGCCUCCCUCCUCUCCAUCUGACCGGCACCUGCUGCUUCGGGGCUCAGGCCACCGCUCCCUGUCCCCAGAGGAGAUAGCCCCAGAUGGACUGGAAUGUUGUGGCACGAGAGCACAUGUGUGCGAUGGCCCCACCGUGGUCCCCUCUCUGUCCUUCCAUCUGUGUGUUUUCUCUGUGUGUCCCUUGCAUGUGUGCGUGUUAGAGUGAGCGCGUAUGCAUCAACUCAUUGGGCUCUUGACUGCUCACAAGGCAACUUUGACUUGGGAAGACUUUCAGCUCCUUGGAACCAAGACUUCCUGAGUCCCCCUCACCCUGGCCCUGUUCCACCAUGGUUAUCUGGGUUUUGGGGAAUGGAAACUUUGGGGGAGCGACUUUUUAAAGAGACACUUACAAUUUCUACUACUGCACUAUUGUCCAUUGUGGGAUGAUUAAACAUGGUAUUUAACUGUGCA